UGAAAUUCGGAUGCGCGACACUAUGACGACCGGGCCGAAUAAUUAGUGUUGUAUAAAAUCGAAUCGGCUAAUAUUUGGUGCAUCAGUACACUUCGUUUCGCUCGCUGGAAUACUAACUACAAACAACAGCAACAUGAAAACUAACGUUAUGAUUGCCUGCCUUUUGGUGUCAGCUACAGCCGUGUUGGCGAACCCGCCAGCGACAUUAUCCCUGAUACCAAUUACGACUGUUGACAGAAUCUCGGAUCCGAGCUACAGUUUCAACUAUGCGGUCAACGACCCUUCAACGGGAGACAACAAGGCGCAGUGGGAGCAUCGCGAUGGGGACCAGGUGCGAGGGGCCUACUCCUUAGUCGAACCCGACGGAAACGUGCGUCACGUUGAGUACAGCGCCGACCCCCUGACCGGAUUCAACGCGGUCGUCAAAAAAACCGGUCCCAAUGUGCAUUCGCUGUCAAUCGUCGCUCCGAUUGCGCCAAUCGCUCCUAUCGCACCGAUAGCUCACGUCGAGCAUGUUCCAAUCGCACCGGCAUCCCACGUCGCCCCGGUGGCGGAAAUCGCGCCCCUCGUACUACCUCACGCACCAAUCGCCCCCUUGGUCCACACGCCGAUCAUUACCCCAGUCAUCGAAACUGCCCCAAUUAUUGCUCCGCACCCGGUAAAUUAUAACCCCCUCUAUCGGAUUAGAGGACCCGCCCCCUGGGUGACCUUAUCCGGCAGUUCAUAUACGAAGGGUAACGUCGUCCGACGUUGGACGGCUGGUCCUAUUUCGUUGGAGGGAAAGACGCUCACGAUCAAAACCAGGCAUCAUUAAAUUGAUUAGUUUUAUGUACGUAUUUCUCGUGUAUAGGUAACAGUAUAUAGUUACUGACGGCGCUAGUGUGUUCUUGCGCAGUUAGCUUGUGCAAAAAUACACAUAGGUCAUAUUAGAAGUUAGAUUAUGUAGAGUACGUCCAAGGCAACGAUGUGUAACUGAAGCUUAAGCGACUGUUUUAUUUUUAAAUUGUAAAUAUACGUAAAUAUAUAUGUUUUUAUUAGA